AUGUCCGCGCCCAUCCCCGCCAUGCAGGAGAAGGACGUCAAGGCCGCCGACGCGCGCUCCGUCGUCAGUGGCAGCGAUGGCUCCACCGACGACGACAACAAGCUGCUCGAGAUUGGCUACGUCCCCUCCUUCAAGCGCGAGUUCUCCAACAUCGCCACGAUCAGUUUUGCCUUCAGCAUCAUGGGUCUCUGCUCGUCGAUCGCGACGACGUUCAACACCCCGCUGCUGCUUGGUGGACCCUCGUCGGUGACUUGGUGCUGGAUUCUGGGUGCGACGAUGUGCCUGAUGCUCGGUGCCAGCAUUGCGGAGAUUGUCAGCGCGUUCCCGACUUGUGGAGGACUGUACACGGCGUCGGCGCAGCUUGUUCCCCGUAAACACCGUGCCAUCGUCGGAUGGGUCGUAGGAUGGCUGAACAUCCUCGGUCAGAUCGCCGGUCUGUCUUCGACGGAAUUCGGUUUGGCGGGCAUGAUUUGGGCUGCGGUUGUAGUCGGAAAGGACGGCGACUUCACCGUCACUCCGGGCAAGACUGUCGGGCUCUUCGCGGGACUUCUUGUCCUCCACGGUCUUCUUAACUGUCUGGCGACGCGUCAAUUAGCUCGCAUGACCAGCGGAUUUGUCUUCGUUAACCUGGGGGCUACCUUCAUCAUCAUCAUCGUUCUGCUCGCUACCACCCCGCGUAGCGAGAUGCACUCCGCGUCUUACGUGUUCGGGAGUGAUGGUUUUGUCAACAACUCUGGUGGAUGGAACAACGGGAUCACGUUCCUCUUCGGUCUUUUGAGUGUUCAGUGGACGAUGACAGACUACGACGCUACUGCUCACAUCUCAGAAGAAGUUAAGCGCGCAGCGUACGCGGCUCCCUCCGCUAUCUUCAUCGCAGUCAUCGGUACCGGCCUCAUCGGAUGGCUACUCAACAUCGUCCUCAUCCUCUGCUCCGGUCCUCUCGAAAACCUGCCUGGAGUUUCCGGCUCAGCCUUCCUUGAUAUCAUGGUCUUGCGCAUGGGAAAGCCGGGUGCACUCUUCAUUUGGGCCUUCGUCUGCCUCACCGCCUUCUUCGUCUGUCAGACCGCCCUUCAAGCCGUCUCACGCACGGUCUACGCCUUUAGCCGCGACCAUGGUCUCCCCGACCGCGGCUACUUCGGCCGAAUCUCCCCCCGCACCCAGACUCCUCUGCGUGCCGUCGCCCUCGUGACGAUUAUCGCCAUUCUCCCCGGGCUGCUCGAUCUCGCGAGCGCGAUCGCGGUGAACGCGAUCUUUGCGAUGACCGCCAUGGCGCUCGACUUCUCAUACAUCAUCCCCAUUUUCUGCCGGCGCCUCUACGGAAACCACCCCGAGGUCCAAUUUACGCCCGGGCCGUUCUACAUGGGGAACGGGUUCAUCGGCUGGACGGCGAACGUGAUGUGUAUCCUCUGGACAUGCUUCGUCUGCAUCAUCUUCGCCUUCCCGACCAACCUCCCUGUCCUCCCGGCCACGAUGAACUACGCGGCGCCCAUCACCGUCGGGGUCGUCUUCCUGUCUCUCGUCUGGUACUUCGCUGGUGCGAACCGCCACUACAAGGGCCCGCAGUCGAACCGGAAGGAAGUCGUCGACGGCCUCGCUCCCCCCGCCUAUUCGGAGGCGAACGGAGACAAGGCGCACGCCGUUUAA